AUGGUUGACGUUGGCUCCUACGGCAGGGACAACGAUGCGUCAAUCUUCGCAGCGUCGGAGAUGGGAGCAUGCCUCCAGAACAACAGCGUUGGUGUCCCGCCGCCCGCUACCGUCAACGGCACCAAGCUGCCGUAUGUCGUUCUGGGGGACGAGAUUUUCCCGCUCCGCACCUGGCUGCUGAAGCCAUAUGCCGCCAGAGAAUUGAACAAAGACAAAGCAAUGUUCAAUUACAGGCUGUCUCGUGCGAGAAGAACCAUAGAGAAUGCUUUUGGUAUUCUUGCUGCGAAGUGGCGGAUCUUCUCGCUCGAUAGCUUGCUCGUUAGUGGAACUGAUAGCUCGUUUGUUAUAGAUACGCUCGUUUCAACACUACUAAUAAUCCAAGCAACCGUUCGCCUCCACAAUUACCUGUUGGCACAUGAGAACGCAGCAUACUUGCCAUCUGGCUUUGUCGACAAUGAAGACAGUAGCGGAGAAUUGAAGGAAGGUCAAUGGCGCACAAUGGUCACCCGGCCCGGAUGA